AUGUGUGAUGGACAGCCCUCUUUCCCUGCAUGGAAUGCUUUCCGUCUGCGUCCCACUGCCAAUGCUGUGCUAUUCUCCUUCCUUCUAACCCCUUGCUUCUCCCUUCCUACGCAGGUGCCACAGACUACAGGAUCCCUGCUGAGCUCUGCCAGCGGGCUACAGCAACUACCGGGGAUCUUGAACUGGUGCGUUGUCAUGCUGGUCUUAAGCAAUGCCCGCCUCUUCCUAGAGAACCUCAUCAAGUAUGGCAUCUUGGUGGAUCCCAUCCAGGUCAUCUCCUUGUUCCUGAAGGAUCCUUACAGCUGGCCAUCUCUGUGCCUUGUUAUCGUGUCCAAUGUGUUUGUCCUGGCAGCUCUGCACAUAGAGAAGAAGCUGGCAGUGGGCUCCUUAUCAGAGCGGAUUGGGUCCAUCCUCCACACCCUCAACCUCCUGACCAUCCUAUGCUUCCCUGCCCUUGUGGUCCUGGCGGUCACCUCCAUCACCCCUGUUGGGGCCGUCCUCGCACUCGCCACCCACACCAUCCUUUUCCUCAAGCUCUUCUCCUUCAAGGAUGUCAACAGGUGGUGCCGGGAGAAGAGGCAGGCAAAGGCUGCCCGAUCCCGAUCUGCUUCUGGAUCCCAGAAAGCCAAUGGGGAAGUGACCCUGAGUGGCGUGUCUUACCCUGCAAACCUGACCUACAAAGAUAUGUACUACUUCAUCUUUGCACCGACCUUAUGCUACGAGUUGAACUUUCCUCGUUCCCCACGCAUCCGCAAGCGCUUCCUGCUGCGCAGGCUCUUUGAGAUGCUCUUCUUCCUCCAGCUGCUGGUGGGCCUGAUCCAGCAGUGGAUGGUCCCCACGAUUCAGAACUCCAUGAAGCCCUUCCGAGACAUGGAUUACUCCAGGAUCAUCGAGCGUCUCCUGAAGCUGGCAGUCCCCAACCACCUGAUCUGGCUCAUCUUCUUCUACUGGUUCUUCCACUCCAGCCUCAAUGUGAUUGCCGAAGUCAUGCAGUUUGGAGACCGGGAGUUUUACAGGGACUGGUGGAACUCUGAGUCGGUGACCUAUUUUUGGCAGAACUGGAACAUCCCCGUCCACAAGUGGUGCCUGAGGCAUUUCUACAAGCCCAUGAUGAAGAGGGGUGUCGGGAAGUGGACAGCUCAAGUCGCUGUGUUCUUGGCUUCUGCCUUCUUCCAUGAGUACCUGGUGAGCGUACCCUUGAAAAUGUUCCGGCUCUGGGCAUUCAUGGGGAUGGCAGCUCAGAUCCCGCUGGCCUGGUUUGUGGGGCGAUUUCUCCGGGGCAACUAUGGGAACGCUGCCGUCUGGAUCUCCCUGAUCAUCGGGCAGCCGAUCGCCGUCCUGAUGUAUGUCCACGACUACUACGUGCUGAACUAUGAAGGAAACCCAUGACCCAGCCCUGCCGUGGGAUCUUGGUGGUGGUGGCGCACCGUUCCCCAUCCAGCCCUCUCUGGACAAUGGUCAGGAUCUUUGGGGGCAGAGCAACCUGCUCCCCCUCCUUCCCUCUGGGAGACCCACAACUUCCCAUAGCACCAGGAGCAGGGAUAACGUUGGUUGCUGCAUUAGCUCUGGGAAGUUGCUGUGUGUCUAUGUGUGACCUCAUGUGUGUGUGUGUGUGUGAGAUGGCUGCCUGUUAGGUUAUUUUGGGAGCUGGAGUGCUUGAUCAAUGCAAUUAUUGAGUGCCCAGAUUUGCAGCAGUGCCUGAAGCAGGCUGGAUGUUUGGGGACAGGUGUGUGAAAGGGUGAGUGAAUGAGUGUGGGACGUUUUCCAACCCCAGUGUGGUUGUGGGGCAGCCUUGAACCCGUCCAGAGGGAGCAAGGCCCAAACCCUCCGUGUGCCUUGUUGGGCCUUCCUCAUCACAGAGCAGAGUGGAGGGCUCUCCUUUGAGGGGGCCAUGGAUUGGCCCCUGCCUCCCAUACACACACUUGGUGCUGGCUUCUGGGCACUUUAAAGGCCUCUCACCAACUCGGUUCUCUUUCGUCCAGUCUGAGGGCGCCAGGCAUUCAGCCCUGUCCUUGUUUGUGGCCACUGGCAGCUCUCCUCUAGAGAAAAGGGGCUGUUUCCCCCUUUCACUGGCCUCCUCUCUGGGGCAUCCUGGCCUCUGGGACUCCUGUGGUCAGUUGUGUGUUGGCCUCUGGUGGCAUUGGCGCGUUGGCCACCCCGGCCCUGUCCAGCCCAGGAUCUCCCGCUGUCUUCUACACGCACCGUCCAUCUGGGCAGCACCGGAGCCACGCUCUUGCCAUCCAUGGGGGUUCGUCCUGUCCGUGCCACGGUCCUGUAGCCCCCCGUUCCGUCCGAUGGCCGCUGCUGCAUUCUUGACUUUCUAGCCGGAGGAGUCCUUGGUGUACUGUGUGGCCCUGUGGUUCUUUUCUCUGCCCACCCAGGUACUUUGUAGAGAGUUUGUGGGUUGUAUUUACCUGUCACAGAAUUAUAAAAGCAUAUUUUCCAAAA